UGUCGCGACCCAAGUCAAAGUACUUUAUUUCUUCAUCUCCCUCACACCAUUCCUUGAAGCAGCUCAGUUCAUCAGGCUUUUGGAUUAAUUACAAAAUUUCUUCCCUAUGGCAACGAACAAGGCAUUUGAGAAAAGAAUGCUGGGUUUUCAUUUUGAGGUAACGAGGCACAUAGAUUACGCCAUGCAGCUGGAUGUCGGAGCCACCUCUGUGCAUGUGAUCCGUGUCUGUUCAGCAGUUACGAUUUUCAAGCUCGUUUUUGACGAUUUUCUUGCUCGUUCAUGUGCUGUGUGGUGCCGGUGGCUCCAUUGCCACCCUUUUGUUCAUGAAAGGAACAACUACCAGUUUAAGAUCAUAACAAUGCAGAAUAUCAACAGAGCAGAGCAGAAGUGUAUUCCUUAAGCAAGCUUACAAACGCUGGAAAGGGUGCUUCUUGCAUCAUUGCAUUUACUAUUAAGAGAAGUCCAUGUAACGUGUAUGGUUUUUCAAGAAAGGAGACAUAGCUGAGUGGUCCACUUCCACUUAUUUGGUGUUACAUAGGAUAUGGUACACACUGCUGUGUGCUCUUCAAUUCACUCCAGCACAACCUCCUCCUGUUGUGUCUCUUGCAAUGGAAGGUCUCUCAGAAAUGGAAAGCGUGAUAGAAGAACCCCUUUUGAGCAAGCAGAAUUCCAAUGCCAAGGGUGGCUUCAGAACCUUACCUUUCAUCAUAGCAAAUGAGGCCUUUGAGAGACUGGCUAGCCUCGGGCUUAUGCCUAACAUGAUAUUGUACUUGACAAGAGAGUAUGGCAUGCAGACGGCAGGAGCCACUAAUUUUCUCUUACUAUGGUCUGCUGCCUCAAAUUUCACCCCUUUCGUUGGUGCUGUCCUUUCAGACUCCUAUGUGGGUCGAUAUUCCAUGAUUGCUUUUGGAUCUAUUGCAAGUCUACUGGGGAUGGUUCUUCUAUGGUUAACAACUUUGAUUCCUUUGUCAAAGCCACUUUGUAACCAAUUUACCAACAGCUGCAAUAACUCUCCUACAACAAUUCACCUUUUGAUCUUGCAUUCUUCUUUUGCCCUCAUGUCCAUUGGAGCUGGAGGCAUAAGAUCAUCCUCCUUGGCCUUUGGUGUUGAUCAGUUGAGUAAGAGGGACAAAAAUGCAGGAAUCAAAGAGAGCUACUUCAGCUGGUACUAUGCUAUUGUUGCAAUGUCAUCACUGAUAGGUUUAACUGUUGUUGUCUAUAUUCAAGAUAACAUGGGGUGGGCAGUGGGGUUUGGAAUUCCCGUUAUCCUAAUGUUUGUAGCAACUGUAUCAUUUUUCUUAGCUUCUCCAUUUUAUGUAAUGGUGGAGGUUAAAAGGAACAUGCUAAGUGGGUUAGCUCAAGUCCUUGUAGCCUCUUACAAAAAUAGACUUCUGCAGUUACCACAGGAGACCGAGAAUGGUAUCUACCACCUAGAAAAGGAUUCCGAUCUCCUAAUGCCAACUGAAAAAUUAAGGUUUCUGAACAAAGCAUGCUUGAUUAGAAAUUCCUUACAAGAUCUAACACCAGAGGGAAGAGCUUUGAAUCCAUGGAACCUUUGCACAGUAGACCAAGUGGAAGAACUGAAGGCACUUAUCAAGAUAGUCCCAAUUUGGUCAACAGGAAUCAUGAUGGGUGUGAACAUCAGUCAGGGUUCCUUACUGGUACUAGAGGCGUCCUCCAUGGACCGCCACAUUACGUCAAACUUCGAAAUUCCUUCAGGCUCCUUUGUGACAUUUAUGAUUGUAUCUCUAGUACUUUGGGUUAUAAUCUAUGACCGAAUUUUAGUCCCUGUGGCAUCAAAGAUAAAAGGGUCCCCAGCAUGCAUAGGAGCAAAACAAAAAAUGGGAAUUGGUCUUUUAACUGGUUGCAUAGCAAUUGCAUCCCUAGCAGUUGUAGAGGAUAUUAGACGCAAAAUUGCUAUUGAGAAAGGCUAUGAAGAUCAACCACAAGCUGUAGUGAACAUGUCUGCUUUGUGGCUCUUACCGCGCCAAAUCCUUAAUGGAUUGGCUGAGGCCUUAGGUGUAGUAGGACAGAAUGAGUUUUUCCUCACCGAGCUACCUCAAUCUAUGUCUAGCCUAGCGUCCACUCUUAAUGGCCUUGGCUCUUCUGUGGCAAAUUUGGUUGCAAGUUUCAUUCUCAGUGUUGUUGACAAUGUCACUGGAGGUGGAGGACAUGAAAGCUGGCUUUCAAGCAACAUAAACAAGGGUCAUUAUGACUACUACUAUACUUUGAUUUGUGCUUUGUGCUUUGUAAAUUUUGUAUAUUUUCUCUACUGUAGUAAAUCUUAUGGUCCUUGUAAGAAUAGAGGAAAGUAGAACUUUAGAUCUUAUGAUCCUUGUAAGGAUAGAGAAAAAUAGAACUUUAGAUCUUAUUUAUGGUUUGCAGAUGGAUACAGAUGAUGUUAGUAGUACCUGAUCAUUAUAUAUUUAAUGUUACUUUUAUAAUUUUUAUACA